UUCAGCUCUUAUGAUGAGGAAGUAGGAAGUUGGCUUCUUGUGCUGUACCUCAUACGCUCUGCUGUGGGUUGAGUACUUGGCAGCUGCGCCAUGGUGAGCAAGGGGCUUCUGUUCCCAGACCGGGAGGAGUGGCCGGCCACGACUGCAGUGACCUAUGAUGACGUGCAUAUCGACUUCACGUGGGAGGAGUGGACUUUGAUGGAUCCUUCCCAGAAGAAUCUCUACAAAGAUGUAAUGUGGGAGACCUACAGAAACCUUACUGCUGUAGGCUACAGUUGGGAAGACCAUGAUAUUGAAGAACAUUGUCAAAGUUCUGGAAAACUUAGAAGAUACAAAGAACAUCAUAUUGGGGAGAAACCCUCUGAAUAUACUCAAUGUGCAAAAGCAUUUUUAUAUUAUGGUCACCUUCAGAAUAAUGAAAGUAUUCAUACUGGAGAGAAACUCUAUAGUUGUAUUCAAUAUGAUGAAGCCUUUUCACACAACAGUAGUCUCCAAAUACGUGAAGAAACACAUACUGGAAAGAAAAUCAGUAAGAGUAAUCAGUGUGGUAAAGCCUUCACAAGUCAUGAUCAUUUUCAAAUACAUAAAGGAACACAUACUGGAGAGAAACCCUAUGAAUGUAAUCAAUGUGGUAAAGCCUUUGCAUGUAGCAGUAGACUCCAAAGACAUGAAAGAAGACAUACUGGAGAGAAACCUUAUGAAUGUAAUCAAUGUGGUAAAGCCUUUGCAUGUACCAGUAAUCUCCAAAGACAUGAAAGAACACAUACUGGAGAGAGACCCUACAAAUGUAAUCAAUGUGAUAAAGCCUUUUCACAACACAGUUAUCUCCAAAUGCAUGAAAGAACACAUACUGGAGAGAAACCUUACAAAUGUAAUCAAUGUAAUAAAGCCUUUUUACGACCCAGUCGUCUCCAAAUACAUGAAAGAAUGCAUUCUGGAGAGAAACCCUACAAAUGUAAUCAAUGUGAUAAAGCUUUUGCAUGUGCCAGUACUCUCCAAAUGCAUGAAAGAACACAUACUGGAGAGAAACCCUACAAAUGUAAUCAAUGUGACAAAGCCUUUUUACGACAUACUCAGCUCCAAAUACAUGAAAGAAUACAUUCUGGAGAGAAACCCUACAAAUGUAAUCAAUGUGAUCAAGCCUUUGCAUGUUCCAGUAGUCUCCGAAAACAUGAAAGAACACAUUCUGGAGAGAAACCCUACAAAUGUAAUCAUUGUGAUCAAGCCUUUGCAUAUUCCAGUAGUCUCCGAAAACAUGAAAUAACACAUUCUGGAGUGAAACCCUACAAAUGUAAUCAAUGUGAUAAAGCCUUUUCAGGACACAGUCUUCUCCAAAGACAUGAAACAACACAUUCCGGAGAGAAACCCUACAAAUGUAGUCAAUGUAAUAAAGCCUUUUCACAAUACAGUCGUCUCCGAAUUCAUGAAAGAACACAUUCCGGAGUGAAACCCUAUAAAUGUAGUCAAUGUCAUAAAAACUUUUCACGACACCAUCUUCUUCAAAUGCAUGAAAGAACUCAUUCUGGAGAGAAACCCUACAAAUGUAAUCAAUGUGAUAAAGGCUUUGCAUGUGUUGAUAGUUUCCAAAUACAUGAAAGAAAACAUACUGGAGAGAAACCCUACAAAUGUAAUCAAUGUAAUAAAGCCUUUUUACAACACUUUCAUCUCCAAAUACAUGAAAUAACACAUUCUGUAGAGAAACCCCAUGAAUGUAAUCAAUGUGGUAAAGGCUUUGCAUGUUCCAGUAGUCUCCGAAGACAUGAAAGAACACAUAUUGGAGAGAAACCCUACAAAUGUAAUCAAUGUGAUAAAGCCUUUUCACGACACAGUUAUCUCCAAAGACAUGAAAGAACACAUUAUUGGAGAGACAUCCUACAGAUGUAAUCAAUGUGAUAAAUGCUUUUUCACAACACAGUAACAUUUAAAUUCAUGAAAGAACACAUACUGGAUAGAAACCCUCUGAAUGUAAUCAAUAUGGUAAAGCCUUUGCAUGUACCAAUGGUUUCUGAAGACAUGAAAGAACACAUACUGGAGAGAAACCCUACAGAUGUAAUCAAUGUAAUAAAGGCUUUUCACAACACUGUCAUCUCCAAAUACAUGAAAGAACAUGUAUCUAGAGAAGAAACCCCAUAAAUGUAGUCAAUGUGAUAAAGCCUUUAUAUGUGCUGGUAAUCUCUCCAUACAUUAAGGAACUCAUACUGAAGAGGAACCUUACAAAUGCAAUCAAUGUAAUAAAGCCUUUAUAUGACACAGUCAUGUCCAAAUACAAAACGAAUGUAUUCUGGACAGAAACUAUAAAUUUAAUGAAUGUGGGAAAACCUUUGUAUGUCUCAACAAUCUCGGAAUACAUAAAGGAAUACAUACUGGAGAAAAACCCUAAGACUGAAAUCAGUGUGGUAAAGCCUUUGUAAUUCAAGGUCAUCUUUAAAUACAUAAAAUAACAUAUACUGGAGA